AUGGAAAUAGCACACAACAGGGAUAAAAGGAGAGUAACAAUGAUCACGAGUGGAAACGAACAAGAUUGUUAUGGGAUUGUUAUAGAUGCAGGUUCGUCUGGAUCGAGGUUGCAUGUAUUUAGAUGGACCGACCCAGCGACAAUUGAUGUGACACAACAUGAUAUACAAGAGUUACAUUCGGUGCCCAAAAUAGAACAGUCUAAGGAUUGGACAUUUAAAGCGAAUCCUGGAUUAUCAAGUUUUGAGCAUAAAACAAAUAAAGCAUUCUCUGAUCACGUUCACCCCCUACUGAAGGAAGCAGAGAAGAUUGUUCCGCAUGACAAAUUAAGUAGUACACCUGUAUUCAUACAAGCAACUGCUGGUAUGCGGUUACUACCCAAAAAGAAGAGAGAAGAGAUUUUAAAGGACCUAUGCAUAAAAAUUAAAAAAUCUACAAAGUUCAAGAUGGAUGACUGUGAUACCCAAAUUCAGAUUAUAGAUGGAGAGACCGAGGGUAUAUACGGCUGGCUUGGCUUAAACUAUCUGCUGGGUAACUUCAACAACUUCAACGACUAUGAGAAGAGCCAUUUUACAAUGGGAUUUAUGGAUAUGGGAGGAGCAUCUGCUCAGAUUGCAUUUGUUCCAAGUGAUAAAGAAGAAAUAACAAAAUACAAGUACGAAAUUCCAACUGUUUAUCUUCGGAGUCUUAAUGGGGAUAUCCAAGAAUGGGACGUUUUUGUUAGUACGUGGCUAGGAUUUGGGGCCAAUCAGGCAAGAAAGAGAUACUUAGCACAGUUAAUUAAUGCUUUACCAGAAAACACCAAUAACUAUGAUGAUGACGAUUUCACCACACGUACAUUAUCUGAUCCAUGUAUGCCAAAGGGAAGUAAGACCGAUUUCGAAUUUAAAGAUACAAAAUUUAAGAUUGCUGGGCUAGGUAAUUUUGAGCAAUGCUCAAAAUCCAUAUAUCCGUUAUUAUUGAAGAAUUUACCCUGUCAAGAAGAACGCUGUUUAUUCAAUGGUGUUCACAUUCCCAAGAUUGACUUCCUGAAAGAUAAGUUUGUAGGGAUAUCUGAAUUUUGGUACACCCCAAACGAUGUUUUUAAUCUUGGGGGUGAAUACAGUUUUAUCAAAUUUAGUUCGAAAGUCGAAGAAUUCUGUAAUACUGACUGGAAAACUAUAGAGCAGAAUAAUAAAGAUGGAAAAUAUAACUCUAUCCCAGAAAGCUACCUAAAGGACGCAUGUUUUAAGAGUAAUUGGAUUAUCAAUAUAUUACACGAGGGUUUCGAACUGCCACAAGAAGACCGUAGUAGAUUAGAUACAUCAAAGGGUAUAUACGACUACCCAAUGUUUCAAAGUCUAGAUAAAGUUGUUGAGAUAGACUUAUCUUGGACGUUGGGUAGAAUUUUGUUAUAUGCGUCUGGCAUGGUUCCUACUGUUGGAAGCAAUGCUAGAGUGGGUAUUGCUCCAAGUUCACGCAGUGCAAAGGAUGACAACAAAGUGUUCAUUCCUGGUCUUAUUGGUGAUGGAUUUAUGGUGAGCAAUACAUCUGCUGGGUUCCUUAAGUUUCUACUUAUAUUAAUUUUAAUAGGAUUUGUGAUAUAUGUCUUUGUAGGAAGGAAAGUAUCGCAUAUUCCAUUCAAUUCGUCAUCUAUCGGUAAAAUAGUAGCUCAUAUAAGGUAUAAGAUUUCCGAACUCAAGUCAAAGUAUGAGAAUUGUCGAUCAUCGAAUGACAUCUCUGACCUAGAGGCUGGCCAAUUCGGGAGUAGUAGAUUUAGAGAAUUGAAAGAAUCCGCAUUCAUGCUGAAAAGUAAAAGUAUGUUCAAUCUUAAUACAAAAAAGCAGAACCCUGCUCUUCCACUUGAAGAUAGUGAUGAUACUAUCGGAAGACCAUUAUCACAAGGUGUUCAGUCAUCUCAAUCUUCAGCCAAUAUGAGAGCUGCAUUUUCGAUGGCAGAUUUCUCAAAAUUUCAGAAUCAAUAG